AACAAACGCAAGUGCGCACCACCUUCUGCGCAGACGCACAGUUUCUCAUGUGAUCAGCUGACGGUGUGGGAUGCUGGUUUUUUUGUACAGUCAAUGAUUGAAGGACCUCUGAAUUGCAUAGCUUUUAUUGAGAUAUGCAUCGGAUAAUCUGACACCUGGAUAGUCAACAUCGUGUACAGACCGAUACGGGAUAGAUCAGGUUAAUUGGAGCCCCUGUCUAUUAGCAGCCAUGACUGAGUUCUGGUUGAUCUCCGCUCCGGGCGAGAAGACAUGUCAGCAGAGCUGGGACAAGAUGAUGAUGGCCACCACACACACCACUAACCUGUCCACCAACAACAAGUUCAACAUCCCAGAUCUCAAGGUUGGAACACUAGAUGUCUUGGUUGGUCUGUCGGAUGAGCUGACAAAACUUGACACCUUUGUCGAGAGUGUGGUGAAAAAGGUGGCCCAGUACAUGGCAGAUGUUCUGGAGGACAGCCGAGAUAAGAUCCAGGAGAACCUGUUAGCUAACGGAGUUGACCUGGUCACAUAUGUGACCAGGUUCCAGUGGGACAUGGCCAAGUAUCCCAUCAAACAGUCGCUGAAAAACAUCUCUGAGAUCAUCUCCAAGCAAGUGAGUCAGAUUGACAACGACCUGAAGGCAAGAGCCUCGGCCUACAACAACCUGAAGGGAAACCUGCAGAACCUGGAGAGGAAGAACGCGGGCAGCCUGCUGACCAGGAGUCUGGCAGACAUCGUCAAGAAAGAAGAUUUCAUUCUGGAUUCUGAGUAUCUUCUCACCAUGCUGGUGGUCGUACCAAAGAUUAACUAUGUUGAGUGGCAGAAGACGUACGAGACUCUGUCUGAGAUGGUGGUCCCCCGGUCCACUAACCUGCUGUUUGAGGACCACGACAGCGGCCUGUUCAGCGUCACUCUCUUCAGGAAGGCCAUCGAUGACUUCAAGCACAAGGCCAGAGAAAACAAGUUCACUGUGCGGGACUUCCAGUACAACGAUGAGGAGAUGAAGGCCGACAAAGAGGAACUGACGAGGCUGUCCACCGACAAAAAGAAACAGUUUGGUCCCUUGGUGCGGUGGCUGAAGGUGAACUUCAGCGAGGCCUUCAUCGCGUGGAUCCACAUCAAAGCACUGCGUGUGUUCGUAGAGUCCGUCUUACGCUAUGGUCUGCCGGUGAACUUCCAGGCCAUGCUCCUGCAGCCCCACAAGAAGAACAUCAAGAAGCUGCGCGAGGUGCUGUACGAGCUGUACAAACACCUGGACGGCAGCGCAAACAUCAUCGACGCUGCCAUGGACAUCCCUGGGCUCAACCUGAGCCAGCAGGAGUACUACCCCUAUGUGUACUACAAGAUAGACUGCAACCUGCUGGACUUCAAGUUCUAGAGACCACACAUAUCAUCCCAUCGGAUCAGCACAACACUCGCAAACCAAAUGCUACCUUCCUUCAUUUCUUGUGUGUUCAGAGUUUUUCUUUUCAGUUUUCUCUCUCUCGCUCGCUCUCGCUAUUUCUUUUUCUCUUUCUUGCGACCUCUCCAUUACAUUCCAAAAACGCGACUUAAGUGUUUAGUGCAAUCUGUUCCAUCUUUCUCCAAAGUAUCCAAUGGAGAGCUAUCCCCAUCUCUUGAAUCAUCCAGGGCACUGUCUUGUCUUCUAAUCGUAUUUAUACUUAGUGAUUUUCCCCCAGUCUAUCUACACAUCCUGCUUAGUGAGACUCAAAGUAGCAUGGGGAGUUCAGGGUUAGUUGGGGAGACGGACUGAAAGAAAAAAAGCUGUAUGUUGAUCAUAUUUAUAGUAGAGACAAUAGCUGUAGUGUAGACUAUAGCUCUACAGCUCGUGUUUUUUAUUAUUUUUUACGGUGCUUUGUCUGUAGUGUUAUGUGUGAGGAACUUCUGGUUAAGAAGUCAUUGUGAUUUUUUUUUUCUUCCAAAACCUUUUCUUCAAAGAAUUGCUUCAAGUACUUGUGAAAUUUAAUGCUGUUCUUCAAUCGAAGAAGUCCACUGUAUUCAUGUAUAUUAUGAUUAUCCGAAAACACAUCUAUGUGCAAAUACUGUCUAAUUCAAUAAUAUUGUAAGUAAUCAUCCAAAUAAAUAUAUAUAACUUCAA